UCUGAAAGGGUGGCAAGAAAAAGCAAGACCUCAAGGAAUAAAAGUAAAUUCAUAUAAACUUUCUGAGGAAAAGUAACAAAAAUGGGAUGUGAAAGAAAGCAUUAAGGAUCAAAGGCAUAUUGUUUUCUGCAAGAUCAGAAAGGUUUUUGCAGAUUUUGUUUUUCUUUUUUUCCUUUAGUCAAAUGAAAGGGAAAAGGACAAAGGGAGUGGAUAUGAUGGGAUUGAAUUGCCAGGGACAUAAUCAUGGAAAGUGAAUGAAAAUAAAAAGGGGGUAGAGAGAGAGACAUGGGAACGAAGAAGAGGCAAAAGACUGGGAAUGGUGGGGAGCCCAUGAGACGUUUCCAAGAAAGGGAAAACGAAUCUCAACUCUAGAUUUUUUUUCCAACCCCACCCUCUGCGCCCUAUAAUCUACAUGCCUCUUUGUUCUUUGUUCUUUUUAUAUUAUUAUAUUUAUAUGGUACCGCUCUUCAUUGUCACAAACAAUUAUUCAGCCUUUGUUUUUCGUCAUUCAAUCACCUCAGGAUUGUUACACAGUGACUCUCAUAAAAAGUCUGAUUCAUAGCAUGAGCACUCAAGAUUUAUCAGAGCAACAAAAUGGCUCAGAGAGGGACAUUGAGGAGGAGGAGACAUUGCUCUUGGACCUCAAUUAUCCACCUCCCAGUGACAAUGUGGCUCUGGAGAGCACCUUUACUAGUUCUAGUCCUCUAGAAUUGUAUGCCAAAGAUCAAAGGUGGUCUAAUCCUCAAGCUACAAAUAAUGUUGAUGCGAGUGAUGAUGAUGUUGUUAUUUUAUCCUCUCCAAGGAGUUUCCUUGAGGCCAGAAAGAAUUCCAGGAGGAAUGCUGAGGUGAUAAUGGUGAAUGAUAAUGAUAUAGAAAUGCCAGGGCACCUAGGUAUUGUUUUUGAUGAUAUAGAAAUGCAAGGACACCAAGAGAUUGCUCAACAGAACAAAAUAGAUACCGAUUUGAAGCUAUGCUUGGAACUCUUCAACAAAACUGAGACAGAAAAUGUUCAAAUACCUACAGAAGUGCCCUCACCAGAGACACCCACCUUCACUUGCCCAAUUUGCAUGGAUCAAUUGACUGAAGAGACAUCAACAAAGUGUGGUCACAUCUUCUGUAAGGAGUGCAUUGAAGGUGCAAUGGCAGUCAGUCAAAGGUGCCCUACUUGCCGGAAAAAACUUAAAAAGAAAGACAUCAUCAGGGUCUACCUUCCAGGCAAGAAAUAAAAUGAAGCCAAUACCCUGUCAUAAUAAGUGUUUUCAUGGUUCAUUUUAGCAUUCAUCUACCAGUUCUAUGCUUCAUGGUGGGGAGGAGGAAAUGGCAUUUUGGGGGCUUCAGUAUGUGAGAUAUCUUGAUAUUUUUCACCUUUUUGUGAAGUGGUUGGUGGGUCAGAUUGUGUAGGAUGUUGUAUAGUGCCCAGCUUAACUGGUUUCUUCAAUUGCAAGCUUACCAUUUCACCAUGAGCAUGGUUUCUCCUUUCCAACCUUUACAGCAAUUAGUGUUUUUUUUCUUUCUUUUCUCUUUUUAUUGGUAUUUGUUGGGAAACGUUUGUUGAUCCCCAAAACACUAAUCCUUUGUAGAGCUGAUAUUUCACUGAUAAAUCUUGUAUCGGGAUAUUGCACUGA